AUGGAGGGCAGCGACUAUUCGCACUGCGACCUGACCGAUCCGGACUUUGAAGGGCCGCUGACCAAGCGCAGCGUGUGGCUCAAGGAGUGGCGCAAGCGGUACUUCGUGCUGAAGGGCAACAAGCUCUACUUCUGCCGCGCCCAGGGCGAGCCGGCGCACGGCCUCAUUGACUUGGCCGACUGUUUGACGGUCAAGUCGGCCGAAGAGAAGACGAACAAGCGCUUCUGCUUCGAGGUGGCGACACCUGAUUCCACGUUUUACAUGUACGCCGAAGACGAGAAGCACAAGGACGAGUGGAUUGCCGCGAUCGGUCGCGCGAUCGUCAAGUUUUCGACCUCGUUCGUGGGCGAGCAGGACGACGACAACGACGUCAAGUAG